AUGGCCGAGGACUCGCCCAAGCGGCGCAAGGCGAAUUUCAACGAGGCGGAGACGGAGGUGCUGAUCGAGCAGGUGCUGAAGCACGAGCAGCUGCUCUUCGCGGCGGGGCCGGGCCGCGCCUCCCCGGGCCAGAAGCGGAAGGUGUGGGAGCUGAUCCGGCACAAGGUGAACCCGGUGGCCGCCUGCCCCCGCGACGUGGAGGACCUGAAGAAGCGCUGGCGGGACCUGAAGCGCCGCGACCGCAGCAAGCUCUGCCGCCUCUCGCAGGGCUGCGGGCCGCCGGGCCCCGCCGCCGCCCUCGGCCUCCUCCUGGCCGUGCCCAUCGUGGGCGGCAUCGACACGCUGGAGCUGCCCGGCGCCGUCGUGGGGGAGAUGGGGUUUAAUGACGAUCCUGGCCCAUCUCAUCAAUCCAGUCUUGAGAAGAUGAACCUCAAAGAGGAAAUAGUAGUGAAGGUGGUCGAGCCAGAAGAAAGUUCUGAGGACAUGGCAGUGGUUCCACCUAGCCAAGAACAACUACCUUUUCUGGGGACAUCAGGCAGUGGUUCCUCUGGGAAAGUAAAAGCCAAAACAAAAGGCAGGUCCCAGGCAGACCAAAAUGAAAUAACUGAAGAGGACCUAGUGCAGAUUCAGCAGACCCAGAUGCAGGUGAUCCAGUCUGGCUUUGACAGCGUCAACCACAAUCUUCGGCUGCUGCAGCAAGGCAUGCAAGAUCUGAGUAACAGCCUCAGCAUCAUGGCGCAUACGCUUGUUGCUAUCAAGAACGUCUAUGUGAAAAACAACACUGGCCCGACCACAUAUGCCACCACCUCUACUCAGACCACAGCUGGGUACCUGAGCCCGGGUUCCCCCCAGGUCUCCCCUGCUGAGGACAGAGGUAGAGCGCAGGUGGCCGGGAGCAGUAGCAGAAGCAGCAGCUGCAGCUCCAGCUCCAUGUCACAAGAACCAGGUCCUUCCGAGUUUCCUAGACCCCCCCUGAGAACCAUUAAGAAAGAGCAUCAAAAUGGCUGCUACUACUUCUGCUUUGCAGAUGUGUAAAAAACUUGAAUAUAUGUAAAGUAACUGUGGUGUUAGGUGCUGUUGUAUGUUCUGCUCCGGCCUGUGACUUUGAAGGAGCAAAGUGGACUUGCCUCCCACAUUUUUCCCAGUGGGAAACAUUUGGCUAUAGGUGGCAUUAAACACUAAUUACCAGUCUCCUGUUCGUUAACUCUGUUGCAGUUGGCUAAUAAUUUUCUUGUUUUCUUUAUCCUCUUACUCUCUUAAAAAACAAACAAAAAAACAGAUUUAUUUUGACUAAGACUCUUGUCUGAAUCAUCCUUUGUUUAGUGUGACCUUUUGAAAAAUAAAAGGCAUGAGAGUGGGGUAAAAAAGUAACAUCAUGGUUACUGACCAGCAGGAGCUGUCUUACACAAGUUGCUUAGUUUUUUGAUUAAACAAACCUCAGAAGCAGUUGGUUUUUUAAGUGCUUGCUUUUUCUAAUAAUUAUAAUGUUGGCGUGUUUGCUUGGUGGUGGUGGUUUUUUUUUUAAGUCUGGGCUGUGCAAGGCAUCACAGGAAGGGUUUGACAUACCUGCUUACUCUAGGAAUGGUUUAGGAAUGAGCUAUUGAUUCAUGAAUGUACUCCUCAGAAUUUAUACAGCAUUGUUCCACUCGGCUAUUGUUCAUUCCC